AUGGCUUUUUUGUUUAAAUCGAAGAAAAACCAACAGGGGACCGCGCUCCCGGCGGCGACAAGAAACGUUCACACAUCCGAGGGCACCCCGUCGACCGGGACGCCGCCCUUGUCAAACGGAUCCAAGGUCGAGGGAAACGCCUUUGCGCAGACACCGACUCCCAGCAGCAGCUACAACAACUCGCUCAACUCCGCGACAGGCCCGACGAGCCCGACGAGCCCCGACCCCGUGAGAAUGCGCCAAAGGGCCGAGUCAGAGUCUCAGGUAUGCCCAGCGACCUCAGCAGCCUCCCAAUGGCAUUCCCCCCAUAGUCCGAAUUCCUCUCUCUAUCCGUGGUCGCAGCGCCGUCUGAAUUUUUCCUCGCCCCAGACGAACCCAUUUCCCCGGUAUGGUGCGGCCAUCAAUGCAGUCGCAUCGAAGGAAGGGGAUAUUUAUAUGAUGGGAGGCUUGAUCGAUGGCUCCACCGUGAAGGGAGAUCUCUGGAUGGUUGAGAGUAGUGGCGGGAGUCUGUCCUGUUUCCAGAUUGCGACGGUAUCGGAGGGACCAGGUCCCCGAGUCGGCCAUGCCAGCUUGCUCGUCGGAAAUGCAUUCAUCGUGUUCGGCGGUGACACCAAAAUCAACGAGAACGAUGCCUUGGACGAUACCCUAUACCUUCUGAACACCUCUUCCCGUCAAUGGUCUCGUGCCAUUCCUCCCGGUCCUCGCCCUUCUGGUCGCUACGGGCACACGCUGAAUAUCCUCGGAUCUAAACUUUACGUGUUCGGAGGACAAGUCGAGGGUUUCUUUUUCAACGACCUGGUCGCUUUCGACUUGAACCAGCUUCAAAACCCAGCAAACAAGUGGGAGGUACUCAUCCAGAACAGCCACGAAGGCGGCCCUCCAGAGGGUCAGAUCCCCCCAGCAAGAACGAAUCACACCAUUGUGAGCUUCAACGACAAGCUCUAUCUCUUUGGUGGAACGAACGGGGUCAAAUGGUUUAACGACGUCUGGACAUUCGACCCGCGUGCCAACACCUGGACAGAAAUGGAUUGCGUCGGAUUCAUUCCCACCCCGCGGGAGGGUCAUGCUUCCGCCUUGGUCAACGAUGUCAUGUAUGUGUUCGGUGGCCGCACCGACGAAGGCGUGGACCUGGGUGAUUUGUCUGCUUUUCGAAUUUCUACGCGCCGCUGGUAUUCCUUCCAAAACAUGGGCCCGGCGCCGUCUCCGCGAUCCGGCCACAGUAUGACGGCCUUCGGUAAACAGAUUAUCGUGAUGGCUGGCGAGCCCAGCUCGGCCCCCAGGGACCCCGCAGAGCUCAGCAUGGCGUACAUCCUCGACACUUCCAAAAUCCGAUACCCCAAUGACUCCCAAACGACAGAUCGUGGCGCAGCGUCUGGCGGUAGGAAAGUCAGUGUUGAAAAACAAGGUCCUCCAUCCGGGCGGACUUCUCGUGAGGCUCAGAAUGCGACUCCGGAUCAAGGAGCCCGUCGAGGGCCAACGCCUUCGCGCGAAAGCCUGAUUCAAGCUGCAAAUGCAAGACCCGGGGAGUAUGGGUCCAAUCCAAACCUUGGACCAGGAUCUCGACUUCCCCGAGCCUCAAUUGCACAAGCACCCUCUGGGCCACCACCCCCUGGACAAGCACCUUCCCCGGGUCCUCGUCCUAACGGACCCCAGUCUGGACCCCGCAGCAAGACACCCACUAAAACUGAGCGCGGUCACACCCCAACUGUGGAUAUUCGAGUCGCCAAUGCUGAUCGUGGUGCGGAGUCCCCAGUGGCUAAAGAUACUCAUGAUGGCUCGGGCUCGUCGGGCCAACGCACGCCUACUCAACAGCAACAGAAGAUCAAUGCCAAGGCGAUGGAAGCUGGCGAAGCUGCCCCAUUAAUCGCUCCAGCCCGUCAACGUUCAUUGCGGCAGCAUCGCCAACGCGGCUCUAUGGAUAGCGCUGAGGAGUCAGUCCUGGGACGCCAAACCAGUAUCGAUGGUUCCAUUGAAUCCCGCAGCUACCGCAAUUCUCGAAACCUUGCUGACGAACCUCGAUCUCCGCGAUUGACUCCCCACCAAGAGGCUUUGAUCAAGGAACUCGAAUCCGCCAAGGCUCGAAAUGCAUGGUACGCAUCUGAAUUGGCAUUGGCGAGAAAAGGCGGCUACAUUCCCAAUGCUUCAAGUAGUCCUGCCUUGGACGAACGCGCCAGUGACUCUCUCAACGAUGAAGACCGCCCCUUGGUUGAGGCUUUCCUCGCCAUGCGUGCGGAGCUGGCAAAGAUGCAAGCAACAGUCGACAGACAAGCCGCCAUUGCGUCCAAGCGAAUUGCUGAAGUCGAGCACCAGCGUGAUGUGGCCGUCAAUGAGGCAGCUUAUUCCCGCGCAAGACUUGCCGCCCAUGGUGGAAGUCAACGUGGUACACCUCAGCCCGAGGGGCCUCGUGAAGGAGAAGAUGAGCGUCCUACCGACAUGGGCCGUCGUCUUGCGCUGGCCCUCGCAUCUCAGUCAGAACUCAAAGCCAAACUAGAGAUCUUGACUACUGAGCUUUCUCAAGAGAAGCAAGCAAAAGAGCUGGCUGAAGACACCAAUGAAGCUACCCGAAAACGUCUGGCCGAGCUGGAAAUGUCGAACAAUGCCCUGGAGGCAGAGAAUCUUCGUGCUGAGCUCCACCGUGCUGAAGCCACUGCCAGGGAAGAGGCCUUGCUGCGCUCAGAAGCAGAAGCAUCUUUGCGACAAAUCACGCUUGACAAGGAGGAGUUGUUGACUCGGGUUGAAGACCAUUCGGGACGUCUCAAAGAUUUUGGGACGAACUUUGGUAGCCUUCGCGAAGCCGUAUCUGCGUCCGCCGCGAAAACGGCAAUCGUCGAGAAGCAACUUGAGGAAGAGCGAGAACGCCGCGAAGGCUUAGAAAGGAAGCUUUUGCAACUCCGAUCUGAGUAUGAGGAGCGAACUACCGAGCUGGACAAUGUUACUCGUCGUCUACGUGAUGCAGAAGAGCUGGCUGAGAGUCACGCCAAGGAAGCCGAAACCCAUAAGAUGGCAUUCGUGUCUGGUCUUGAGCGUGCAUCGUCCACAGAUUUAGAUGCAUCUAUUCGAUCCCGGGCUGACCAGCGAGUUGCCGCUCUAGAGGCCCAGAUUGAACGCUCUUCGACUUUGGCAAAGGCCAACCAGGCCGCGGCCGAUGCCGCGGCCGACAAAUUGCGUCGCGCCGAAGAACGAAUUGCCGGCCUUGAAGCAUACCAAGAGCAGGCCAGCCGGGAGGGCCUACAGCUGCGUAGACAACUCCAGACCGCCUUGAAAGAGAGCCAGGCAGCCACUGCGGAGAGCAGAGAUCUGAAAUCCCAACUCGAGUCGCAACAGCGCGAGACCGGUGCCUUAACGGUUCAGCAUGCUGCUUUGAAGGAUCUGCUUGGUGAACGGGGGAUCAACCCUGAUAGCAGACGAUCUCCUCGUCUUGAGUCCCCAGGAUCACGCUUUGGAACCCCGGAGCAGAGCCGGCUGCGAGAACUUGAACAGCAGCUUUCUGCCAGUAUGAAGGCACACGACGAUCUCAAGUCCACCUUUGAAUCCCGAGAGCAAGAGGCCGACAAGGCAUUCCGCGAGAAGCUCGAGCAGCUCGAGAAUGAUUAUCAAUCUGCCGUUCAUUAUGUGAAGGGCACUGAGAAGAUGCUUAAGCGCAUGAAGGAUGAAUUGAGCCGGUACAAGAGCCAGAAUGCCAAGGUGCAAUCUGAGUUAGAAGCCGCCCAAAAGAGCUUGGAAAGUGCUGGCAGCCAGGCAGGCGCCCCUGCUGAGUGGGAAGCCGAGCGUUCUCGUCUGCAACAGUCGAUUUCCGACCUGGAGCAAAAUACUUCGUCCUCCCUCGAGACUUUGCAGGGACAACUCUCUCAACUUAAAGCAGAACUCACAGCCGCUGAGGCUGAGAAGGAAAAGUCACAGGCUGAGCAUGAGCGUAUCAGACAGGAGCUUUUGUCCACUGCCGAGCGCAGUCGCUCCGAGCUGGAGCAACUUAAGCAAGAAAACACACUACUCGAGAGUCGUGCUUCAGACGCGGAAAAGAAAGUGAACAUGCUAUUGGAGCAGGUUGAGACUUCGGUGGGCCACUACCGCCGUCAAUCCCAGCAUGGUCAAGGUCCUAACGGGAUCUCGCGCAGUCAUAGCAACGCUUCUAGCAACACAGUCGGUGGUCGGCCACGAGCUGAUAGCAACAUCUCCCAGGAGUCCACUUCAUUUCCCGACAACCGUGGCUCCAUGGCUCUGGACUCCCUUGCGAAUGAGCUGGAAGCUCUCCGCAGCCACUGGGAAAGCACCAAUCGCAACUAUCGCCUCAGCAGCCAGCUGGACGUGGAGCGGACACCCACGAAGGAGAACAGUGAUGGGCCUGCUCUGAUGAGCGACAGUCUUACUGAGUGGCGCCGGAGACUCGAUGAGGAAGAACGUGUGAGCAAAUCAAAGCCGAUAAACGCCAGCAACGGUCCCUCGCAGACUCCAAAUGUUAUCUAA